AUGGGAGGCGCACAAAAUACUAGCAAUGUUCCUGCUGCUCCAAUUCCACCACCACCAAUGCCAAACGGUGCAGGCUUAAAUGUGACUGCAGUCAAUGCAACCACAAAUGAACCUCAUCAUGCCGUUAGAGUGAUCCCGGUUAGUGGUUUACCUCUGAUUGUUACCGCAAAAGAUGAACCAAAUCAAAAACCAUUAUUUCAUUGUCCAAUCGACUCAAAAGAUGAACAAUGUUUGGCGGAACACAAAGAUGUUCACCCACCUCAUCAUCAUGAAGAGCAUAUCGGUAACAUGUUCGCUGAAUUCGAACUGGAACCGUGCAAUCCUGAAAAUCCAAAUCAAUUGCAAGUUGUAAUGUUGACUGACGAUCGAUUCAACGAAGAAAAUCGUCAGCCAAACAGACCCCUUACGCCAACGGAAUACCUAAUCGGUUGUUCAUCCAAGAUGCCUUUAUUGGGCGGUCGUACGGCUUAUAAAGUUGAACCGCAAUUUCGUCGAGUUGGAAGAAACAAAUUUGUCAAUUAUAUGCGUAAACGUAGUUUUGAAACCCUCAAAAAACGCAAUCAAGAUGAAAUCAUAGAAGAAGAAAUCAUUGAAUUACAACCACAAUACGCUCCCUUUCAUCGUCAAAGUGAAGAAGAACGUUUAAACUUUCUCGAUAUCAAAAGUCCAUUCAAACGAUACAUCGGAAACGCACCUGAUCAUCAUCAUCGUUGGGGUGCUCGUUGUGCGGAAUUCGGAGACGUUGACGGUGUCGCUUGUUCGCGUGAACAAUUGCAUCGUAAUAUGCAAUUCAUGAAAGUCAACAAACCAGCUUUCAAUCAAGACCGUCGUAGAGAAUUGGACGCACAUCUAUUCAAACGUGCAACAAUGAGCGAAAACGGAGCUUUACACCGCACUUUCAAAAAGCGUUCUUUGACACCCGAACAAGCAAGAACAGUAAGAAUGUUUAAACGUCAACAAGAAUUAAAGGAAGAAGAAGCAAAGAUGGAUUACGUUCGUCGUUGGGCAGAAGGUAAUGCUGUUCGCCGUUCAUUCGAGCCUUUAGACGGUCCUCUGUUGCUUCAGCGUGAUUUUGACGAAGAUGAAGACGAGGACCAUGCAUUUGUUCGUCGUCACUUAGACGAAGAUAACGUUUGGGAAACUCGUUCACCAAAAGGAGGACAUCCUGGACAUCCUGGCGGCGCUGGCUUUAACGGUAUGCCUCGUCCUAUGGCAAAGCGUGAUUUGACCAAUGCAGAAGAAGAUGAAAAGCUCGAAACAAGAUCGUUCAAUAGUAAAGGUAGACGUGGCGGUGGCCCCCGUGGUCCUCCCAAUCGUAGAAUGCGUAAACGCGCUUUGUCAGAAAAUGGUCUGGAAGAAAGAGCUGUAAUAGAAGGCAAUGUCGAUGAUGCUUUAGAGAAACGCUCCAAUGAUUCCCACAACAAGUGGCGUGGUGGCUACAACGGACGAUAUAAUAAGCGAGACUUGCAAGACGAUGAAUUGGAAAAACGCUCGAACAAAAACCGCGGAUGGGGUGGUGGUUCUCAUGGUGGUUGGCAUAAGCGCGAAGAACUGUCCAAACGAGACUUGCAAGAUGAUAAUCUGGACGAUGAUUUGGAAAAACGCUCGAACAAAAACCGCGGAUGGGGCGGUGGUUCUCAUGGCGGUUGGCAUAAGCGCGAAGAACCUUCCAAAUUGACAAAACGUGCAGUAUCAGAAAGUGGCAAAGACGACCUCCAUGCCAGCUUGCAAAAGCGUGAUUUACAACUUGAAGAUGACAAACUCGAAACAAGAUCCAUCGGCACCACUCAUAAAGGAGGUGGCGCAGCAAUGGGCAGACCAGGUGUCAACAAUGCUGCUGGUGGUGCUCGUCCUGCUGGAAUGAAGCGUUCUUUGGAAGGCGAGGGAGACAAACUCGAGACAAGAUCCAUUGGCACAAGCCACGGAAGGGGUGGUCAUCCAGGAGCAGGCAGAGGAACUGCUGCUGCUCCCCCUGCCAACAAUGUUGCAGCCGGCCCUGCUGCAGCACAACCUAACCGAAGAGUAAAGCGAGAUGUUCUUUCGGAUCCCAUCGACAUCGAUGACAGCUUUGAGAAGCGCUCACAUUCUCAUGGCGGUCCUUAUAAUGCCGGUCGAGGCUGGAAAAAGCGUGAUUUGAUUGGCACCUAUGACGAACAGGAUGGUUUGGAGAAACGCUCAAACGGAAAUUCUUACAAGAACAGACGUUGGAAACGAAGCAAUCCUGACGAUAUCCAUCUUCAGAAGCGUCAAGUCGCUGAUCUUGAGGAUUACGAUGACGUUGCAUUGGAGAAACGUCAUAAACACUGGGGCUGGGGAAAGCAUGGCGGAUACCGUUGGAAACGUGAAGAAGAUGAGAGUCUCGACAAUCCAGCUUUGGUCAGACGUGCAUUCUCUGAUAGCGGCAAGGAUGAUCUGAUUGCCAAUUUGCAGAAGCGUAACCAGUACUGGGCAGGAGGUGGCGGUAAUUAUUGGGCAGGUCAAUGGGGUGGCGGCGGUGGUGGUGGCGGAGGAGGUGAAGGAAUGAGAAAGCGUCAAAUUUAUCAUCCGAAAGACUUGCACUUUAAUAUGGAUCGACUCCAAGAAUUUUUGAUGGAACAUGGUGCUGUUCAUGAUCUCCUCGAAUUCGAGCAUGAAAUGGACAGAGAUCGUGAUCUUGUCAAACGUGGUCCAAGAAGCUGGGAUGGACGUGGUCCAGGAUCCGAUUUCGGUCCACGUCGCGGCCGAAGAGGUUGGAGAAGAUGGCGUCGCGGUCCCGGUCCUCGUGGUCCAGGCCCACGUAGUCGAGGUCGCGGUCCACCGCCCCCACCAUCACCAGGAGACUAUGAUUGGGGUCGACGUGAUCUGGAGUAUGACGAUGAUGACGCCUUGACGGUCCGUAGCGUGUUAAGCGCACAUGGCGAUAUCUUCCCUCGAGGGUUUGAUGAUUUUGCAGAAGCAGAAAUACAAGACGUCCAAAAACGUGAUGAAAUCGUGAAAGCAGAAGACCCAGUCGUGCAAAAGCGAGACGCUGCAACAAAGGCGGCAAUUCCAACUGUUCAAAAGCGUGAUACGAUCGCCAGUGCUGCUUGGAAUUGGGCAAUGAAGAAGCUUUUGUAA